CGACUAGACCGAGUGACUGUUGGAUACUACCCACCUUGCAUCCUCGCGUGGCCACCAUGUCCGUCACCCGGUUCCUCACAUACGCCGCACUUGCUGGCGCGGCCUUUGCCCAGACAAUUGUUGUCGAUGGCGAGGAAAUCGAUGCUGAUGACGCCGUCAUCGCUCCCGCUGCUGAGGAGAUGAUGAGCUCCUCCAGCAACGCCACGGCAGCUCUCUUCAAUGACGAGACCAUCCAGCUCACUGACGCUGUCCUGGCCAACCUCACAGACCUCGAACUGUCUCACAUCGAUCUGUUCCAGUUCGACGAUGACAGCGAGGCGACCGUGAAGAGGCGGAGCGCCUUUGGCAGCUGCAAGACUGCCCCCGGCGAUGCUCUCUUCCCCAGCCCAUCCGUCUGGAAGGUCUUUAGCCUUCUGACCGGCGGUGCUGUCCAGAAGACGGUCCCCUUCGCCUCGGUCUGCUACCACAACUUUGGCAACUAUGAUGCCGCCGAGUGCGAGUAUAUCUCCAACAACUGGUACAACGGCUCUUACAUCCAGACCGAGGACCGCACUGCCAUCAAUGCAAUUCUCUUCGAGGACCUCACCUGCGUGCCCCCCAGCCUCUUCACUGCUGGCACUAGCUGUGAGAUUGGCGGUCACCCCCUGUACAGCAUUGAUGCCACUUGCGUCUCUCACAUCCAACUUGCCAUCAACCUGGCCCGCAGCUUGAACCUCCGUCUUGUCGUCAAGAACACCGGCCACGACUUCGGUGCCAAGUCUACCGGAUACGGUGCUCUGUCCAUCUGGACUCACAACCUCAAGUCGGUCCAGUUCUACAAGUCUUACAAGCAAGGCAGCUACAAGGGCCCCGCCUUCAAGAUGGGUGCUGGUGUCCAGGCCUACGAGGCUUACAAGGCUGCCUACGACAACGGCGUCACCAUUGUUGGUGGAGAGGGCCAGACCGUCGGUGUCAUGGGUGGGUAUAUCCUCGGCGGUGGCCACUCUCCUCUCUCUGGAAUCUACGGUCUUGCUUGCGAUCAAGUCCUGGCCUUUGAAGUUGUCACUGCCGAUGGCCGCUUCGUCACUGCCAGCGAGCAGAGCAACCCCGAUCUCUUCUGGGCUCUCCGCGGCGGUGGUGGCGGCACUUACGGUGUCGUGACAUCCGCUAUUGUUAAGGCCUACCCCAAGAUCAAAGCUGUUUCGACCAUGACCUUCACUCUCACCUCUGGUACUGGCAAUGUCACCGAUGCCAUGUUCUGGAAGGCCGUCCACAGCUACUGGAAGCGCUUCCCUGAGUGGGCCCGCGACAACGCCAACUACGAGUACUUCAUCAUUUCUAACAUUGGAACUGGUUUCAACUUUGCCAUGUCUCCCUGGUUUGCUCCCGGCAUGACUGUGGCUCAGCUCAAGGCACUUGUCGCUCCCAUGUUCGCCGAGUGGGCCGAGAUUGGCAUUGAGAUUGAACCCGUGUACAAGGAGUACACCGACUUCUACCCUGCUUGGAAGAACUCUUUCCCUCUUGAACCUUGGGGUUCCUCCACUAUCCGCCAGGGUAGCCGUCUCUUCCCCUCUAACAACUGGGCGAACGACACCAUCAUCGAGGACACCCUUGAGGUUGUCAAGGGUACUAUUGAGGACGGCUGCUACUUCAUCGGCUUCAACACUUUCACUGGUGUCAAGGGAUACCCCAACAAUGCCGCUAACCCUGCCUGGCGCACUGCAUUGCUCCACGGUAUCGGUGCUACCUUCUGGGCCGAUGAUGCUGAUGAGGCUACCAAGAAGGCCGCCUCCGACAAGCUCACAGACAACUACGUCGCCAAGUGGCGUGCCAUCACCCCAGGCGCGGGUGCAUACAUGAGUGAGUCGGAUUACAGAGAGCCCGACUUCACCCAGUCUUUCUGGGGUUCCAACUAUGAGAUGGCUCUUUCGAUGAAGGAGAAGUGGGAUCCCCGUGAAGUCUUCUACGCCACCAAUGCCGUUGGCUCGGAGAAGUGGGAGCUUCAGGACAAGAUCUGGGGCAACCUCCCCAACCAGAACAGCAAGCUCUGCCGUGCGUAAAUAAUGUACUGUGAUUGGGGUGACGCGCUGGUGUAACUAUGGAAUCUCCAGUUCAUAUGCCUCGGCGAAUAUGACGCUGGGGGAGUGUAUAAAGACAAUCAUGUAUAUAACCGGUAUAUGGGACAACUUAAAUUUCCUCCUGUACAUAAAUUAUUAGACAAUUAUCAAUUAUACCUUUAA